AGGCGGAUGUUUGCGAAAGGGGUUGACAGGCAGGAGCGGCUGCUGGCGAGCGAAAGGGGUGUCGGCGAAAGGGAGCUCUUUGCUUCUGCGUGGUGUCGGCGCCGGAGGGAGCGAAGGGGUCCGGUUUCCCCCCUUGAGAUAAAUGACAGGGCUCUGAGCUUUCUUUUUAGGUUUUGUGGUUAAGCAAUCAAAACUUGACAACCAUGGAACAGUACCCUGAUCUGCAAGAAGAUUUGAGUUUGGAAGAUACAGCUGAAUCUCUUAAUCAGCUCAAACUGGCCUCUCUAGAUGAUAAUAACUGGCCACCAGAUGAAGUUCCUGUUUUUCCAAAAUCAGAUGACACAAAAGGCUCACCUGAUUCCGUCACUCACUUGCGGUGGGAUGAUCCGUACUAUGACAUUGCUAGGCACCAGAUUGUGGAGGUAGCAGGGCAGGGUGCACUUCCUGGGGCACAGCCAGGUGAUGACAAGUAUGGGCGGAAAGUUAUUUUGUUCAGUGCCUGCCGGAUGCCCCCCAGCUAUCAGCUUGAUCAUGUGAAAUUGCUGAGCUAUUUGAAGUAUACAUUGGACCAGUAUGUGGAGAGCGACUACACUUUAGUGUAUCUGCACCAUGGCCUGACUAGUGAGAACAAGCCAUCACUAAGCUGGCUACGGGAUGCCUAUCGGGAAUUUGAUCGCAAAUACAAAAAGAAUAUCAAAGCAUUGUAUAUUGUGCAUCCAACUAUGUUCAUCAAGACACUGCUGAUUCUCUUCAAGCCUCUGAUCAGCUUUAAGUUUGGACGCAAGAUUUUCUAUGCAAACUACCUGAGUGACUUGGAGGAACAUGUGAAGCUGGAACAGCUGGGGAUCCCAAGCCAAGUGUUAAAGUAUGACGAAUAUCUGAGAUCACUACAAAAGCCCUCGCAAAUUCCUCAGAAAGUAACACCACCUCGCCCACCAUUGCCAAACCAACAGUUUGGAGUUUCUCUCCAGCAGUUAUGGGAGAAGAGCCCAGACCAGAAUCCUAUCCCACUGGUGAUCAAGGAAACAAUUGCCUAUCUACAGGAGCAUGCUCUUACUACACAGGGGAUUUUUCGUCGAUCAGCAAACACACAAACUGUUAGAGAAGUUCAACAGAAGUACAAUAUGGGGCUGCCUGUGGACUUCUUACAGUAUGAUGAUGUGCAUCUUCCUGCUGUGAUUCUCAAGACCUUCUUGCGGGACCUUCCUGAACCCCUCCUCACUUUUGGCCUCUAUAGUGAUGUUGUCAAUUUCUACAGUGUAGAGGAAGAGAAACGUGUGGAUGUUGUUCGCAAAACACUCCAGACUUUGCCAGAGGAAAACUACCAAGUUCUCUCUGUGUUGGUGACAUUCCUUGUGCAGGUCUCUGCUAACAGUGACAUCAAUAAAAUGACCAACGCUAACCUAGCAGUAGUUUUUGGCCCAAACCUGUUGUGGGCAAAGGAUGCUGCCAUUACCCUCAAAGCCAUCAAUCCUAUCAACACCUUCACUAAGUUCCUACUGGACAAUGAGAAGGAGCUUUUCCAGAACAUGGAUGCUUGAUCCAGAGUCUGUCUGAGCUACCACACCUUCUGUGUCCACUAUGACCAUCUAUUUUCUCCUCCCUCUUUUCCUUUCUAUCUUGUCUUGAAACCAUGGCCAAGUCUGGGAGAACUCUGGAGGAUAAGCAGAGUGAAAGAGGGCUUUUCUGUAUGUAUGAGGGAGAGCAAGGGAUGGGGCACAUAUGCAUGAUUACACGGAGAGUGGGAAGCAGGCCUCCCUAUCUAAAUAUCAAAGUUCUGCCUUGGGUCGUCUGUGAGAUGCCAGUAACCAGUUUGCUCUUGAAUGCUACAGUGCCCUUGUUUUCCCAGUUUUUAAAAAAAUGAAAUAGCUCUCCUUUGUGCCUGUAUUAUCUGGACUAAUGCAUUUUGCUGCAGUGGCCCUUUGGCGGACAGAUUUUUCUCUCUCUCUCUCUCUCUCCCCCCCCCCCCCCCCCCCGGCGGCUUGUGUUGUCUCUCCACAUAUUCCCAAGACACAAGUCCUGAGCAUUCUUCUGUUGGAAGCAAGUGACUGCAGCUGAAGAUAAUCAGUCUUAUACUCUUGAUUGAUGGAAGAAUGAACUCAAAGUCCAAGGGCUGCAAGAGAAGAUUGUACUGUCCUGGCCACUUUUCUUACUAGUACUUAUAUUGCUGUUUGUACAUUUCCAGGGGAUCUGGCACUUGUUGUAGAUGCCAUUAUAAUUUCCCUAUCUUUAUACAAUUGCCCUCUGAUGUUAUGGAGCUCACUUACUUCAAUGUCUUUAUAGUACCCUUCUGCAGAAACCAUCUCUGCCAGCAGAGUUUCUCUUUCAAACUGGCUUUGCUAGCAAGCCUUUCUUUUUUGAGAGAGAACAAUGGUCAUUUUGUUUGUUUUUAGGUUGGGGCUACUUCUUUGCCCCUAGGUCUAUGGAAAUUGUAAACAUGUGCUAUCUGUCCAGGUGGCAUUAUCUCUCCAAACUGCCAAAGUCUAAGAUCAAGCUGCCAAAGUCACAUUCUCUGUAGCAAUCAACCAUGGAUGGGUCCCUCCCAUGUCCUUUCCACAAAUGAAAAGAGACCACAAGAUAAUAUAAUGUUGAAACAAAAAAAAUUGCAAAAAAGAAAGAAACAAAGAGACAGCAUUCUUUUACUGUUACUGGUGAUACCCCCUUUCCCUUCUGUUUUAAAUCUUCUACCCUAAUAACCCAAUGCGACUAAAGUACAGGCACUGUGCACACUGGGAGACAUUUAUGUCCCUGGAUGCAAUUUGGAAUUGGAGCAUCUUUCACCAAAAGGUUAAUCUCUAAAGCCAAACCUCAUGUAGGAACUACCCUGCACUUUAUUCUGGGGUUUGUUGUGCCAGUAUUUGGAUGAGCAUUACGUUUUUCACAUUUAAGGACAUCUGUGUUCAUGUUCUUGGUGGGCUCAUAGUUUUUCUGAUAUUUGCAGACUUGGUGUGUUUGGCACAUGAAGACAGUAUUUCUAUCUUUUCUAUGAAUAGAAUUGAUGCUACUGCAUCACUGGUUGGUGUUCAGGCCAUGUGAUUUGUUCCCAUUUUCAUACUAGGGAUCUGAAUCAGCCUGGACUUUGAACCAAGCUCAGCCAUUCAAGCACAGAUGUUCGAAGCCAUUAUGAAAAUCAAAUCGUUUCCUUCUGGAUAUGCAGCCAACUUUGCUUUUAACUUAGAUUUUAAGGGUACCUUUUCAUGAUAUAUUUCUGUGAACAGUCUUAUAUUGUGAAGUGUCUUACUUCUAUUUUGUCUCGUGAAGCUUAUACACAAACUUGAUAAAAUAGUAGGAUUACUGUUCACAAAAAAGGUCAGCAGUGUUUUAUGGCUAUGUAGAACCAGAAAUUUCCGGUACCAGUUAAAUUAUAGGGAACUCAGCAAAGCUGUUUUGUAAAUGUAGAAUCAGCUUUUUAAAAAGUCUAAAUGAAAAACUCUGCUGUGUCUUUAUUGACAAAUGAGAACCAAUAAGUGUGCUAAGAUUAUCAGUGGUUGUACCUUCACCACAUCCAGUGGAUUAGUUCUUUAUAUUAGUGUGCUAGAUCUUGGUAGUCUUCCAAGGUAUUUGGAGCAGAACUAUCAAGAAUUCCUGCCUCUUGGUGUUUCUUACUGAGUUUAGAAUGGUUAAAUAAGGAUGAAACUUUUAUCAGGUGGUUACCUCUUGAUACCGUUUCACCCUCUUCCCUUUGUAGAACUCUAUAGUCCAUGGCAGAAGGUCUCUUGAGGUGCCUUGCUGAUAUCUGCUGUCUUAUAUGUCUUUAGUAGUGAGGCAGUGGAAAUAGUGAUGUGCCCUGAUUCCAGUUUUGCCAGUCCACAUUCCUCAGGUGGAAAGGAAAAUGCAGCUGUUCUUCAUGGAAACCCUUGUCAGGAAAAGGCCCUAAAUAUAAGGGCUUGGGGCUGCUGGUUCAGCUACUGUAUCCUUAUACUUUAAAAAUUCUCAAGCGAGGCAAGGAGUAAAGAGCAUUUGAGUAAGAAGUGCCCUUUGGUAAGCAGUUACACUUUUUAUAAAUCCCAUCAGACACUUAAAACUUCUAAGUAUGAUUUUCCCCCCUCUUGUCUGUCCCAUUACAAAACUCUGUAUUGCUAGGUACUGCACAUAAUGCACACAACGUUCCCUGGAAGUGAGCCACUGUAAAUAGCUAUUAUUUUCCUCACCUUGCUGGAGCUGCCAGGAAGUGUGAAGCACAUGAUUGCUUCUCCCAUUUUCUUUCUCUCUCACCCCCACAACUCAUUUUCUCUUUUCCAGUCACUGUAACUGGUCUGUGGAACUGUGUAUUGUGCCUGACUGCACCCUAUUAAUGAUGUCUGGAUUUUUUUGCCAUUUAGCAUUGAAUGACAUUCUCUUUCACCAUCCCUACCAUUGGGGUUAGAAUGAUAAGCAUCCAAGCUGGCAGUUGGGAUUACUAGGGAACCAGCAUCUUAUGGGACCAGUUAUGCCCUUCCCCUCUCUUCUCAUCAUAGAGGCUGAUAGCAAUGGCUAAACUUUCUGUCCUUCUGUGACCCCCAGUGAUACACCUACCUGGUUCUGCGGAACUGCUUAGAUUUAAUGUUAGGAAUUACUGACUAUAAUGCUUCUCUGGAUGGAGUACUUCAUCUCCAUUAUAUUCCUUGCUUUCUUGAUAAAGGCCAUUGGUGUCUUUGUGGUCCCUGAACACAGAGUCCUCACCUUUAGCAGUCCUUCCUGUCUGUACUGAAGUUUUUGGGUGAUGCAUCUAACAAUGAGACCAAAUGGAUGCCUUAUGGCAAGCGUUCCUGACUCAGCAGAGGUCUUUCAUGGCUGAGUGGCUCCCGAUUGCUUGCUUGAUCACUGGGGUCCUUAUACACAAUUUACAGCUUUGCUUUUUGUUGGUGUUAUUCCCUGCUUUUGUCAUUCACAUGAUUGAUGUUUAUUGGAAGCAGGACUUGGGUUUGUACUGUGAACUUACUUCACACAUCUAUGUUUAUUUCCUUCUGAAAGUACCAAUCUUGUAUUUCACCGUUUGCACUUUUUGUACUUCAAUAAAAACCCAGCGCCAGUACAGAA